AUGAAAAAAUAAAGAUCAAGAAAGAGUUUUUCGUUGAAUGAUUCCAUUGAUGAGGAUAGAAGAAAGGAAGAGAUAAUUCAAAAACUAUUGGAAAGUAGCACAAUUCUAUAGCCUAAGAAAUUGCCAACAAUAAAAUUCGAUUUGGAAGAAAACGAAAUGCCAGUUGUAUUAUAACAACCAGAAAUUGUACAACAAAAGAAUUAAUUUACUAUUGAAUAUUUGACUCCAUCUGUUGUCAAAAAUAAUUUGGAUAUGGUUAAAGAAAACCUUCACAUUGUUAUUGAGGAAAGAAUGGAAGAUUCAAAAUUUCUGAACUGGUCCUCUUUGAUCAUAGCAUUCAUCAAGGUAAUCGCGUUUUUCAAUGUCCUCUUCCAAUAAACAUGUUCAGGCUCUUUUAGUGCAUGGUUUUAUAUGAUGUUUGCACAUGAUGUAAAUUCAAUUUCUUUUAUGAGAUCAUAGAAAUAGGAAUGACUAUUAAAGUUGUUAACGUAGUAUCAGCUAAAUAUGAAAGCAGACUUUCAAAGAAGAGACCUACUCUAAUAAAAAGAGAGUCGAAAUAUCCAAUGGCUGGAAGACACUCUUACUAUGGGUAAUUAAUAAAAGAAAUUGAAAAAUGGGAAAAUACAGUGGCAAUUCAAAAUGAUCCCUAACCUACUAGGGUUAUUUAAUAUGUUAAAUUGCAUCAAUACAAUGAAUUGUAUAAUAUUCUACAAUUAUUUAGUUUCUACCUAUUCCUCAUUCUUUGGGGCCUGUUACUAUUGGGAACUCAAUGCUAAUCCGAUAUUGUAUUGAACACCUUCCAAGGAUUCAUCCUAUUAGGAAUAAUAACCUUGUCUCUAAAGCUCCUCUAUUACCUUUCCUUCAAAUUUUGUAUUAGUGCUGUUGUGAUGAACUACUUGAUUUUUGCUGAUAAAAAUUUAUCAAAUAAUGUAAUGAUCAAUAAACUAAUCAAGGAAGUAAUAGCAAACAUUCCAAUGCAAAUGAAGAAGAAUUACGACUUUGAGAUUUGUUACCUUUGUUCAUAAUAGAUCAAACAAAUGACCUCUUUUAUCGAUUUACCCUGCAAUAAAAUGUACAUACUCAUUCAUCUUCAUUAGGCAUCGUUUUCAUGAAAAUUGUAUUUCAAAAUGGUUGUAAACUCAUCUUUUUUGUCCUGUUUGUGUUGAACCAAUUGAAUUGAUGAAUGUUUAGAUGAGAGUACUGGCUUGAUUUAUC